UCUUCCUGUGCUCUACCGCCGCCAGCAGGCUCAGGCCGGUACUGCUACAACCAGAACCAGCCAUGACAGGCAGUAGGAGCGGAUGAGCCUGAACCGACGGACGGACCGAGCAGUCACUUUUGUCUGCACAAGGGACGCUCUUCUCGGAGGUGAUACCGCCUUCCUGCUGCCAAACCCCCGCUUCCGAUUUGAAACCGGAGCAGGAUGUAUCGACCUGUUUGGUUGUAGUGCUUCUCCAGCUCCAGCGGAUCCUCCAUGCGUCAGCCCCCCCGGGGGAAUGGAUCCGGAAUCCGUUGUGGCGUCUGCGGGCGCGGGAGGGAGUUUCAUCUCCCUGAACGAACCUGAGCAGAGGUAUUACUCAGGUCUCCACAGCCUGUGCCAAGCGGACGCCUCGGGAACACUGUCGUCCAGCAAAGUGGCAGAGCUGUUCAAGGCUUCCCAGCUGCCCCCCGAAUCCCUGCAUAAAGUGACCGAGUUGUGUGGAGCGAAGCGUCUGGGCUACUUUGGUACGCCUCAGUUCUUUGUGGCGCUGAAGCUGCUGGCGGCCGCCCAGUCUGGUCUGCCCAUCCACCUGGAGAGUGUAACGGCCAAUCUACCUCUGCCCAGAUUUGUUGGGCUGAAGAAUGAACCAGAGAUGCGAUACUCAGCUGUCCCUCCAAGCAUAGACGGUCAGGGGGCUCAUGUAUGUGAAAUAACAAAUAUUCUGUCUCUGAAGGAACCUUGGUCCCCGCCGCGAUCACCGAGCAGUUCACCGCCUCGCUCCCCACUGAUCUACCGCGGCUACCCGUGCACCAAGAAGAGAAAUGGGGCCGACUUACAGAUCGCCUACGAAAGCAAACAUUCCUCACGGCCGAUCGUUCUGCUAGAGCAGCACUCCUCGCCCAGUAACUACGGGACCAGAGCCAACGCGGAGCAUCUUGCUAUGGCUCGGGCUUCCUCAUCAGAGAGGCUGGACCAGCAGGGUGCAGUGGACUAUUCUGACGAUGACCCCUGGAGGAUCACAGAGGAACAGCUUGAGUAUUACACUAACCAGUUCAAAACCCUGCAGCCUGACCUGGGGGCUCUCAUCCUGGGAACCAUUGCAAAGAACUUCUUCACAAAAUCCAAGCUCCCAAUACCAGAACUUUCCCACAUUUGGGAGUUGAGCGAUGUGGACAGAGAUGGAGCUCUCACGUUCCCGGAGUUCUGCACAGCCUUUCACUUGAUUGUGGCACGCAAGAACGGUUACCCUCUCCCAGAGAGCCUUCCCCCAACCCUGCGGCCAGGGGUCAUGCAGCAGGAAGAGGACAUACCGGAUACUCCCGAAAGUGCAGAGCCUCUUAUUGUCUUUGAGGAUGCCGAACCAAGGCCUAGUCAGAUGGAUCGGAGCAUUAUAGAGAGGCUCCAGCCAAGCCUGGCCACAACAAAACAAGAUUUGAAAGAGGAAUCAUGUAAACAAGAUGUAGGUGUGAAGAGGAUGACAACAUCUCAAGAGAAACGGACUCUGCAACUUGGUGCUUUUCCUGAGAGGCCAGAGGUGCCUCAGGACCUGGACCCACACAUGAGGACAAAAACCAGACCGAGGUCCCACUCCAGCACUUCUUUUGAAGAUGCGAUGAAGAAAGCCGAAGAGCCCCCCACCCCUCCACCUCGCCCCCAGAAAACCCACUCCCGAGCCUCCUCGCUGGACCUCAACAAGCUCUUCCAGCAGGGCGCUCCAGGAAUAAAAAGUGGAUGGUUUCCGCCUCCUCCAGCCCUCCCUCCUAGACCAUUGACUUCACAGGUUUCUCAUUUUGUCAACGUUUCAGAGAAAACUCCACAGAACAAAGUGCAGCAGCCAAACUUUGCUGACUUCAGUCGCUUUAGAGAAGAGGAGGAGAGCAGUGUGAAGCCUGAGGAACAGGGUCCACGCUCCAGAUUUGGUCCAAGUACCGAAGACCUGGCCAAUGCAUCUAAACAGGACGGGGUUGGAGUUUGUCACAGUCAGCCACCGCAGAAGCCGCUCCGCAGGAAAUACCACCCAGAGAGCCAGAACCUGGAGACGGUACCUCCACCUGCCAUGCCGUUCCCUACCCCUACCAAAUCUGCUCAGAAGCUGCUGUCCAAACAGAAGAGGGAGAUCCAGAUGGCGAUCCGUAAAAACAAGGAAACCAACGCGGUGUUGACACGCCUCAAUAGCGAGCUCCAACAGCAACUCAAGGUGGUUCACCAGGAGAGGGUCACCCUGGAGUCCCAGCUGGAGCUCCUGCGGCCCCUGGCCCCGACGUGACCGAUCCUGGAGUCUGAUUAAAGUCACGUUGCGUGCGUGCGUGCGUGCGUGCGUGCGUGCGUGCGUGCGUGCGUGCGUGUGUGACAGAAAUACAUCAGUGUCUCUAUAAAACAUGAAUGUUUGAGCUGACAUGAAUACAAAAUACAGUUGAAGGGUUGACGAUAGGGUCAAACAGGGAUUGGACUCUUGGAUUUCUUUUGAUGAACAGCUCCAGUCCUACAUGCAAAUGUUACUCUUAACUUUUAAUGACGUCUUCGAGGAUUAAACCAUGUUUUUUUUGUUGUUUUUUUAUUAUCACUGUAUGAUAUGCACAUGAUAUUCUAACUUAUUGUUUCUCUCUUUUGAUUGACUGUCAGGUCUCUCCCAUGAAUCUUACUUUGCUUACAGUACACGUAACAGUUUGUGCACACAUUGCCAUGCCUCGGAUACAUGUUUCAUGUAUGUUACAUGCUCUGUGUUAAUGACGGGAACUAAAGUGCUCUCUGUUUUUCUCAGUCCAUGUCUACAGUGCAUUUCAUGUGUAUCCCCAUGUGGUCUAAAGCAAGUAAUGGUGCUACAGAUUAGUUUUUGAAUCAGAUUACUUUUUGCACUUAAAGUUCAAACAACAAAAAAUGCACAUGUGCAAGGUUGUACCUUAUGUUAGAUAUGGUUUUUUUAGCUACAGAUGUCCAGCCUUCUCUCAAGAUUUGAUUGUCUGUUGUCACACUGUAGCACUGGCACAUUGGGCCAUAAGGACACUGAAGAAUGUUGACACUGGAUUUAGAUGAAAUAUGGGUUGAAUGUGGAUAAUCUACUUGACAAUUUGCUCCAUCUUUAAUGUAAGCGCUGUCUGACUGUUAAUUUUUCUUUAACUGCCUUAUGUUUAUUAUCAUAUGGAGAGUUAUUUCUGCAUUGCAAGUUUGUAAAUUUUUUAUUUCCAAGACCAUAAAAACAAAAACUGGUGUUAUCAGUCCAGAAAAAAAGAGCACAAUAUUCUGUUUUGCCAGAUAGAUUUCAAAACAGCUAAUGUUAAAAUGUGGUUUUGAUUUUAUCUAUGCAAAGAUGUGGUGCUGCGUACGCUUGCUUUAGACCAUUUACCAUCAAGGAGAAUAAGGAUAUUUGGGGAAAAAAAUGAUGUGGUUGAAAUACACGAUGGCAUGCUUGAUAAUGUAUGUUAUGCUAAAAAUGAUGUGAGCAUUGGACUGUGAACUGACCUUAAAUCAUGCACAACUACUGAGCGCUGAAGACAAUGAUCCAACUAAUCAAUAAAGUUGUCUAUUUUUAUUG